CACUGUCAUAUUGUUAAGCUGCUCUGAGUCCCCUCGGGGAGAUGGGGUGGAAUAUACAUUAUUAUUAUUAUUAUCAUCAUCAUCAUUAUUAUUAAGCUGAUGGCUAAGUGUAAAUGAUGACAGUAGAGAAAAAUAGUGAAAUAUAUGGAGAAUCCAUGCUUUUUCCCUCUUCUAAAUCACCUUCUUUCUUCUGCUGCUUUUAGUACGGGCAUAAUGGAAGUAGUUUGUCUCCUACAGUACCAAAAAUAGUUUGAGGUGUUUCGGUAUCUAGGAUAAUGGACACGAAACCCUUUUCUUAGAUCAAUCAAAAGUGAUGUCUUCUCAUCUACUUUAAUUAAAAUAAUUGAUCAGGAGAUCCAACUAAAUCCUUCAUUUUGUGUAGAUUGGCCCUUAGAGCUAUUUAUCUGGAAUGAUGGGAAACAGCUAUUGAUUCUACAUUUUUCAAGUUGUAACCUACUAUCCUGGCACCCAAAGCUAUUCUUCCAAGCCUCUGAUACCCAUUUUGAGAUUUAAAUCUGACCACAGAUCAAAUGGCUAUAUUCUCUGGCUUUUUUUUUUUGGUGGCCAAUCUUUUUCUUCCUCGUCCUAAUUUUUGUAAUGACUAGCCUGAGAAUUCACAAGAACUCAAAAUUCUGCCUAAUUCUGAUUAUGAGGUUAACUCAUGAGCUACACAAACAUUUUUGUUAUCAUAUAUUGUUUAUUUUUCCCACAGGAAACCAGUAGAUGGCAACAGGGGACAGCAAAAAUCAAUUUUCUUUUGCAUUUCCUUAGAUUACUGCAUUGUCCUUGGGGCAAGGAUGUUAAGUGCUUUUCUUCAGUUGCAGAGCAAGGGAUUUCCAGUUCUAAAAUACAGCUUCCAUUUCUCAUUUUUGGAUAAUCAGUGGACUAUUUGACCCUUCUCUAAGUCCUUACUUCCCAUUUAUCAAUGAAGCAGGAACAAUUUAUGGAAUGAAAAGGAUUAUACACUUGCUCCUCUGUUUAGAUUUAGCUCAGAGCAUUUUCUUCCAAGCAGCUUCCAUGGCUCCACCAGUCAUUAUACUGUAUAUCAUGGUUUAGGAUCACCUAGCUCCUCUUUAUUACUAUUUUUAUCACACUGAAGAAUUAUAGCAGUUUGACACCACUUUAAUUGCCAUAACUCCAUUCUGUUGGAAUUUGGGAUUUGUGGUUUCGUGUGGUUUCUUGUGGUGCCAGAGCUCUCUGACAGAAAAGAGUAAAUAUCUCACAAAAUUACAAAUUCCCAAAUUCCAUAGCAUUGAGCCAUGACAAUUAAUGUGAUGUCAAAUUACUCUAAUUUUGGAGUGUGAAUACCGCUUCGGUUCUCCCUCCUGUACAAAUGUAUGUGUUCUGGGAAAUAAGUUGAAGAUGUUAGGGAGAAAGGGGCAAAAUGCAAAAGCCAAAUCUGUCCUACAAAGUGCUUUUCAAAUGCUUCCCAAGACUCACACGAAGAAUGAACUUGGUAGUUAGGAUGAAUACACAUGACUGUGUGAAAUUACUUUCCAUGCUUAUGAUAUUGUGUCACCUCCUUGAAAUAAAUGAAACAAGAUCAAAACAUUACCAUGUCAGGUUUUGACACUGCUACAGGACAGUUGAGUUGGAAACGUCUUUCUUGAAAUUAAUACAUAAGCUCAAAACAGUCUUUUUCAUCAUUCCAGCCAGAUGAGCUGUAUUUUGAAGAAGGCGAUAUCAUCUACAUUUCGGAUAUGAGUGACACCAAUUGGUGGAAAGGGACCUGUAGAGGACGGACUGGAUUGAUUCCCAGCAACUAUGUGGCUGAACAAGCAGAAUCCAUUGACAAUCCAUUACACGAAGCUGCCAAGAGAGGAAACCUGAGUUGGUUGAGAGAAUGUUUGGAUAACAGAGUUGGUGUCAACGGUUUAGACAAAGCCGGAAGUACAGCAUUGUACUGGGCAUGUCAUGCUGGACACAAAGACAUAGUAGAAGUUUUACUGGGGCAGCCAAAUGUAGAGCUAAAUCAACAGAAUAAACUGGGAGACACAGCUUUGCAUGCUGCUGCAUGGAAGGGCUAUGCGGACAUUGUAGAAACACUCCUGGCAAAAGGUGCUAGAACAGAUUUAAGAAACAAUGAGAAGAAAUUGGCUUUAGACAUGGCCACUGAUGCAACGUGUGCUUCUCUGCUUAAAAAGAAACAAGGACAAAACAUAAUGCGGACAUUAAGCAAUGCAGAAGAGUACCUUGAUGAUGAAGACUCCGACUGAACUUCCUUAAUACUGUUUUGAAAAAUCUACAACCUCUGUUGUCUCUACCUUUCUCAAAGGCUCCAUUUCCCUAAUUACAAAGUGUACUUUUAACAUAUACUGUAAUGAAGUGUUACGAUCAUGUGAAUCAGAGGUUUUUUCCAUCAGGUAAAAUGACCUCCUUGUAUUAAGGGCCAUUAAUUCUUAUUUUGCUUUUAAAUAUUUUUUUCUAAAGAGUGUAUAAGUGAUGGAUUUUCCCAUAAAUUUCCUGUUACAUUGGCUAUAGACCUGGCCUUUUAAAAACAGGGAUAUAAUUUGGGAUAUGUAUAUAUGUGUAUAAAUCUAUUUGGAGGGUGAAAAGCCAUCCUAAAUCUAUCUGCCAUGAUUAGCUUUACAGAGUGAAAUAUUUCAGCAGAUUGGUUGAUAUUUGCCUUACUUCAUCUUCACGCUUUUCUCUUUCAUUUUAUAUGUAACUCUUUCUCCUCUCUCUUUAUGAAGGUACUAGGAGCCCAGAUUUGUACAAUGGGAAGGGAAAUGUAUUUAUAUAAACAAAAUACCCCUAAAGAUAUUAGAGCAGAAGCAAGGUCUCAUGUUUCCCAUUAAAUCUGGCCAUGACUGUUUUACACACAUUUCCUGUUCUUGCUAUAAACGAUCUACAAUA